GAGGAGAGAGAGAGAGAGAGAGGCUGGCAUCAGAUGGAGCCGGGCAGCCUUGAAUGGACAUUCAUGGAGAGCUGGGAGGCCUGAAGGAAAACACCUUGUGAAGCAGAGGGGCCCAGCAGCCAGGCUACCCCCCUCCCAUUGCUUUCUUCUUGAGGGGGGGGUCCCCUGUGCCAGCCUGCAGGCUGCCAGGCUCCUGCCCAGCGAUGCCCGAAGGAGCUUUCCACUUGCUCCCUGGAGCAGCAGAACCAGCCUCAGCUGCUCCCCCCCCACCUGUCACUGCCUGCCACGCAGCCCCCAGCUGAGACCCCUGGCAGUGCCCACCAUCUUCACCCAACUGCCGGGACGAGGGUCCCCAGGGCAGGAAACCCGUCCCCCUUAAGAAGGGAUCCGGUGGCCGGAGAUGUCUGGGGACAGCGAGGAGAUCACCCGUCUUCGCAAACCUCGUUUCUCGUACGAGGAGAACCAGAUCCUGAUCCAGGAAGUGCGAGCCAACUAUGGCAAGCUUUAUGGCACCCAGAGCCGGCGGGUGACGGUGGCCGAACGCCGGAGGGUCUGGGAGGGCAUCGCUGGCAAGAUCAACAGCAUCACCAGCUGGAAGCGCACUGGCCAGGAGGUGCAGAAACGCUGGAAUGACUUCAAGCGGCGCACCAAGGAGAAGCUGGCGCGGGUGCCCCACUCCACCCAAGGGACGGGCAAUGCUGGCGACGAGGCCUUCUCGGCCGAAGAGGAGACGCUCUUUGCCAUCCUGGGGCCCGGUGUGAUCCCAGGUCCAGGAGGGGCAGAGUCUAGGCUUAUGCAGGGCACGUCGGGCUUUGGGCCUCCCAGUUACCAACCGGCAGCUGAGCAUGGCAUCGCCCCUACAGAUCUGGCCGCCAGGGCCAACGUCUCCAGCAGCCCAGAGACCUCUGUCCAGCCUUCAUGCUUGCUGAAACCCAAGGAACGUGACUCGCCAGCGCCCCCUCCAGGCCAAACCUCAUCACUGCAGAUUGUCCAGCUGGCUCCAUCUCCAUCCUGCCUAGGCUGCCGGCCACAUCCCGAACAGUCCCCCGGAGAGUUGUUGGGUACCACUCCCUGCCCUUCGAUUUCGCCCCCGCUGCGGCGCCGACGUGCCCACCUGGACCUGCCUGUCGAGCCCUCUCUGGACUUCCUUCAGGCUCAGAGGGAGACGGCCACAGCCAUCCGGGAGCUGACCUACACCCUGCGGCAAGGCCUGGAAAGGCUGACGGACGUGGUGGCAGCACUGGUGCCCCUCCUUCCAGCUUUGCCAAAUGGUCUGUUGCCCCCACAUGGGGAAUACAGUCUCCCCACGGCAGCCCCGGGCACAGAGACUGCCAGUCCUCGGGAGGGCGUGCCUGCCAAGUUGGAGCUAUCUCCAGGGCAGGAAGAGCCUGGGACUGAAAGGGGGCCAUCUACAAACCGGACCCCUCCAGCACAGAAGCGAAGGAAGGGGACCCCAACUCGGAAACGCAGAGGGCGCUGGAAGAAUUUGUGAGCAUCCGGACAGAUGUGUUGCCCCCCCAUCGAAAAAGGAAAGGCAGAGGGGGGACUGUUUCCCUGGGAUGGCUGUUUCAGUCUCGCCCUCCGUCUUCCCACAGAGGGGGCAAGCUAGACCCCUGUGCACUACGCCCACUUCUGAUGCCAGGGCUCGUGGUGGCCGCACUCCCGGCCAGUCCCUGGGGUCCCCUCUGCUGAUUUCUGUGGUCCAAGCAGAACUGCAAACAUUUAUUCCACGCCUCGUGGGCUGCCACGCACUGCUGCUCACUUCUCCAUCGGGGGAAUGUUGGUCUUCAAUUCCAAAGGGAAGGCUU